AGCUGAUAUCACUGUAAACUGUCACUUUGCCCUCUCGUGCCCAGACGACGUGACGUCCACCCGAAGUGUAAACAUGUCGGCAGAAAAGUGUUUCGCCAAAGGAAGUGCUGCACCCGGUCCAGUCCCCAAUGGCCACAUCAGACUUUACAGCAUGAGAUUCUGCCCCUUUGCCCAGAGGGCCAGAUUAGUGCUGAGUGCCAAAGGGAUCAAACAUGACGUUGUCAACAUUAACCUGAAAGACAAGCCCGAAUGGUUCCUUGAAAUGAAUCCUCUUGGACUUGUGCCAACAAUGGAGACACUAGCUGGUGAGCUGAUAUACGAGUCUCCCAUCAUCUGUGACUACCUGGACGAAUUUUACCCCGAGAAGAAGCUGCUUCCCUCCUCUCCUUUCGGUAAAGCUCAGCAGAAGAUGACACUGGAGCAUUUUUCAAAGAUUGUACCACUCUUUUACAAGAUUUCAAUGGGGAAAAAGAGCGGCGACGAUGUCUCAGUACAGGAAGCUGAACUGAAAAAUAGGCUUUCCAAAUUAAACGAGGACCUGGUUAACAAGAAGACCAAGUUCUUCGGUGGUGAUUCCAUCACGAUGAUCGACUACAUGAUGUGGCCAUGGUUUGAGAGGCUGGAGAUAUUUCAACUAAAACACUGUCUUGACAGCACACCUGAUCUGAAGAAGUGGGCGGAGCUAAUGUUAGAGGACGUGGCUGUCAAAGCCACAAUGCACAGUGUGGACACCCACAAGGCCUUCGGAAAGACUUACGCAGAGGGGAAACCCAACUUCGACUAUGGCCUGUAGGGAAAAAAGGGGCUCAAAACCUUAAACUGUACCAUUUAUUAUUCAUAUCCAUCUUUUGAUUAUGUUACUCUGGGGUUAUGUCUGUUUUUCUAACUUUGAUGAACUAGGAAAAUAUAUUAACUAUGAUGAGUUGACAUUGAAGGGGGGGAAACAUUUUUACUGGCCAUUUAUUUUGUGAUUGAGGGGAAUAAUACAAACAAUAAUGGAAAUUAGGUAGUAAAUCUGACUCAAUGUGUUUUCAAUGAUCAAUCUUUAAUAAAAACUGGAUGUAAUGAC